AUGUGUGAGAAUGAACGGUUGUGGAGCAUCUGGUACAGAACAGUGGCCGGCUGCCCCCGGGGCCCAGGGCCGUGCGCGCUGGCUCCCGAGCCGGACCCCGCAGGUAACCGGGUGCCCGCGCGAAACGCCGCCUCCUCUCCGCGCGGGCCGCCGGGCAGAGCGAGUGCGCCCGGGAGCAGCUCGAGCAGGGGCCGGGCCGGCAGGAAGCAGCGGGCGGCAGCGGGUUCCUGCCGCCCAGACCUCGCCGGCAGCUGCGGUCCCGGAGUGGGGAGCGCGCGCCCCGUCUGCUCGCUGACUGCGCCGCUGCCGCUGCCCUUGGAGAGGCUCCCGGUGCCUUGUGCCCUGCCCGGCUCGGACACGCAGUGGAAGUGUCGUGCAUGUGUCCUGGGGCAUUGUCCCUGGUGGGAAGUGCCAGCGCUGCGGGGUCAGAAAGCAGGUGAUGAGAUUCUGUAUGAGCAUGAGAAUGAGCACCUGCACCAGGACAGUCCUGAGUCAGUGGAACCAAGUGACACAUUAUCAAGCAUAUCCCAAGGAAAUAUAUCUCAGAUUCCUGAGCAGGGCAAAGCUGAUGGUCCUCAUUGCAGGUCAGAAAGACUUCCAAGAGCUCUUCCAGGGAAGAGUCAAGGUAAAGAAAGUGCAUGCAAGGGAGAUUUUAGGCAGCUGCCAGAUAUUGUCCAGCAGAGAAACUCCACAGUGGAAAGACCAACAAUAUGCAAUGACUGUGGGAAGAGCUUCAGGGUGAGCUCCAACCUCAUACAGCACCAGCGAAUCCACACAGGGGAGAAGCCCUUUGGCUGUGGUGAGUGCGGGGGGAGCUUCCGGCAGCGCUCGCACCUCAUCCAGCAUCAGACCAAGCACACAGGGGAGAGGCCUUAUGCGUGUGCUGACUGUGGGAAAAGCUUCACUGUGAGCUCGAACCUCAUUCGGCACCAGAUCAUCCACACUGGGGAGAAGCCCUAUAAAUGCAGUGACUGUGGGAAGAGCUUCAUAGGGAACUCACAGCUCAUUCAGCACCAGAGGAUCCAUACUGGAGAGAAGCCCUAUGAAUGCUGCGACUGUGGGAAGAGCUUCAGUGUGAGCUCUGCUUUGACACGACACCAGAGGAUCCACACAGGGGAGAAACCUUAUGAAUGUUUAGACUGCGGGAAGAGCUUUAGUCAGAGCUCUGACCUCAUGAAGCACCAGAGAGUCCACACAGGCGAGAAGCCCUAUGAAUGUGCCCAGUGUGGGAAGAGAUUCUGUGUGAGCUCCCAUCUCAUCCAGCACCAGAGGAUCCACACCGGGGAGAAGCCGUAUGAGUGCUCAGACUGUGGGAAGAGUUUCAGUCAGAGCUCGGACCUCAUGAAGCACCAAAGAGUCCACACAGGCGAGAAACCCUAUGAGUGCACCCAGUGUGGGAGGAGCUUCAGCUGGAGCUCAGCCCUGAUUAAGCAUCGAAGGAUCCACACAGGAGAGCGCCCCUAUGCCUGUGGUGCCUGUGGGAAGAGCUUCAGUCAGAGCUCACACCUUGUUCAGCAUCAGAGGAUCCAUAUCGGAGGGAGGCCAACAAUAUGCAACGACUGCGGGAAAAGCUUCAGGGUGAGCUCCAACCUUGUACAGCACCAGAGAAUUCACACAGGGGAAAAGCCUUUUGGGUGUGCUGUGUGCGGAGGGAGCUUCCGGCAGCGCUCGCACCUCAUCCAGCACCAGAGAAUCCACACGGGGGAGAGACCAUUUGCAUGCACUGACUGCGGGAAGAAGUUCAGCAUGAGCUCCAAACUCAUUCGGCACCAGAUCAUCCACACAGGUGAGAAGCCCUAUAAAUGCAGUGACUGUGGGAAGAGCUUCACAGGGAACUCACAGCUAAUCCAGCACCAGAGGAUCCACACAGGAGAGAAACCCUACGAAUGUCACAACUGUGGGAAGAGCUUCAGUGUGAGCUCAGCCCUCAUUCGACAUCAGCGGAUCCACACAGGAGAGAAACCAUAUGAGUGCUCAGACUGUGGAAAGAGCUUCAGUCAGAGCUCAGAGCUCAUGAAGCACCAGAGAGUGCACACGGGCGAGAAGCCCUAUGAGUGCGCCCAGUGUGGGAAGAGCUUCACCGUGAGCUCCGCCCUCAUCCAGCAUCGACGCUUCCACAGGGGAGAGAGACCCUAUGGAUGUGCUGAAUGUGGGAAGAGCUUCACUGUGAGUUCCCACCUCAUCCAGCAUCAGCGCUUCCACACUGGUGAGAGGCCCUAUGAGUGCAUGGCCUGCGGAAAGAACUUCCUCUGGCGCUCAGCCCUUCUCCGGCACCAGCGGGUCCACACAGGGGAGAGACCCUAUGCGUGCACCGAAUGUGGGGAGAGCUUCCGGCAAAGUGCGCACCUCAUACAGCACCGCAGAGUCCACACGGGGGAGAGACCCUACGCAUGUGCUGACUGUGGGAAAGGGUUCACUGUGAGCUCUGCUCUCAUCCGGCACCAGAGAAUCCAUCAAGGAGGGAAAUCCUGAACACAGGAAACCCUGCCAGUCUGAUAUCCUCCCAUAGAAUUUGCCCAGGGCUACAAGACAGGGGUGUUUCUCCCACUAGAUCUGCCCUAUUCAUGGAGAAAGAAAAGUGUCUCAUUGAGAACAGGGCAUAGAGGGUUGAGUCAGAUGCAGAGAAAUGGCUAUAUGAGCUAUCUGGGGUGUGCAAAGAAAUGUGAUGGAAGCCUGACAAGGAUCAGGAGUUGCUGGGGGAACGGAUAAACUGGAGAUUGAGGAAGAACAGAUACUGUGAAAAGGGGGGAGACAUUUUGAGACAGUAUUAAUAAAAACACUUAAGAGGAAAUUUGAAAUUCUCCUAUUCCUCUGUCCACACUGUGGAUUUCAGACAGUAUAUAAUGGGAGUUAAUGGGAACAUCUUUUAAGUAAAGCAGAUUUCAUUCUCAGACUGCUCCCUUCAACUCAGUGGCUUGGUACCCCUAUCUGUAAAGCUCAGCAAUAGUAAUAAUGGGAACCAUCUUUACAGAAGGAUGGGAGUAUUAAAUUCAUAUAUCAAGGUAGUGCACAGAAACCUCAAGAAUUUUGUACAUUGUGUUCUACGCAAAUCUGUUUAUGCAGCCCUUGCUCAGAAUUUAGCUUUUCCUCUUGUUGUUAUUAACUAGGAUUUUUUCUUGACAUUAUAGGCUUUGUGGGUUUUUUUCUUUUUUCCACAGGGUGCACUUGUGUUUCUUUUUUAUUUUUCAAUCAGUUUUAUUCCCUUCCUUAAAACACUACCUUUAUUAUUUUUUCAAAAUUCUUGAUCAAAGCAUGCUUAAGACAUCCAGUCUCCUUCACGUAUCUGAGAGAUUCCAUAUUGUCAAACAGUACGUCAUUAGAUUCCCCUAGUUAUUAGCUCUACACAGCAAAAAUCAUCUUGAUUCUCUAUAUCCACCCCAUUCACCAAAGCUUAUGAACAUCAGGAAUGAGGAGUACACGUGAGUUCAAGAGCUGCAGAGGGUAGGCAGCCGUGCACUAAAGCAUCCUCAUGCCCCAGCCAGCUCUAUCAGCAACUGCACAUGUGCUACUGCAUACAAAAGACACCACUGCAAGACAGUACUUGUAUUUACAAGUACUAAUCUGCGGUGGAGUUAAUUAGUUUCCUGUAGCCUCAUAGGGCUGCAUGUGUAGAUCUUAAGACUUUAUUGUGGAGCUAAUUAGGCAACUCUGCAGUAAACAUCUCAAGAAGAUGCUCCCACUGUGUCACUUCCUUCAACCAUUACCAACCUGGAAGCUAAUUACAGUGUGCCAGUUGCUCCAGACCUUUCUUGUGUACUGAGCUGAAUUGCAUAUAUUUAUGAUAGUGGGACCUGAAGUUGCAUACCUUCUCUAGUGACUCCCAUCCCCAGUAGUCUCCAGGCACUUAACAGUUACUCUUCCCAGCACUCUCUGAGUUAGGAAACAGUUAUUCCCUAUCAACAUAUGAUAAAAUUGAGCCAGGAAAACAAAAUGGCCAUACACAUCAAUAUAAGUGCUGGGACAGAACUCAGGAAUCCUCUUGCUUGAAGGAUUUUGGACGCUAAGGGCUACAUACACUCGUUCUGCAUAUGACAAAGUGUUGAAGAAUCUGUUGAUGCAGCACAAGAACCUUUGGCAAUUACUUCAAGCAUUUUGAGUAAUGGUGAGGUGUCCCAUUUGGAAAGUACAAAAAUGUUGUUUAUUUUGGGACAAAAAGGAGGAAAAAGCCAAAGAAAUAGACAUAGAUAUUUCAGUGGCUGAACCUGACAAAAAGCUGGUGCAUUUAAUAAAUGCAUUGUAAGUGCUUAGGAGUAGGUUGAAAUAAGGUGAUAAAUGCUGUGGGUUUGCCAGCUACAGAUAAGCUAGCCUAAUUUUUCCCUCUGCAAGGAUAACAAGCUUAGGGAAUAAAAGAAACUCAGCAAGUUUA